AUGCUGUCAUUGGGGGUGGAAUCUCUCCUUGAUUCUUCUGCUGCAGUAGGGGAAUUGUACACUGGACUGCCCGAGAGCCUCUCCACCGAACUUAUGGCGGUGUCGGAGCCUAGCGUUGGAUUAGAUGCCAAAUCUGAUGUGUCGGCGCCGCUGCUAGUGCGCGGUGACGGGCCGUCAGCUGGGCAUCGCCGGACUUGGGGAGUAGAGACCUUUUGCCAGAAGACAGAGGGAUUGGGUGAUAUGCUCAAGGUGAUUUCUCAUGGGCCAGCGGAACUUCUUACACGAAAGGCUGGAGACCUUGAAGAGGAUGAAAAUAAUGAAAAAAGAAACUUCAGGAAAUUAGACUGUUCUAGUGAUGGAUACCAGAAAGAAGACAAAGAGGCACAAGAUGCUGAGGAGGAUCGUGCUGAAUGCUGUGCUUUAACUCCCGGGGAAAGCUGGUCGAAACAAGGGGACCCUCACUUAGACCAGCAUGAGGUGAAGUCUUUGAGAACCUGUCUCACUGAAACAGCGGGAUCUCUGAAGAACACAGAAGAACACCAAGCAAAUGUUCAGGUGACAGCUGAAACUCUGCCAAAGCUCGCUGAAGAAGUACAAGGUAUGAAGGCUGAUGGGCCUAGGAUAUUUAGUAAAGCAGGAAACAGGAAUGACAGAGUGAGUAAAGGUCUUCCACCUGAGAGCAGUGAAUGCACAGACGUAAACACAGUCAUGGCCAGAGCUGGGGUUUCAGAAACCAGCAUGUUAGAUUUUUUAAAGCCUUUAAAAGUCACGGACAUUGAAUCAGCCACAGAGCAUCCACAAGAAACAAAUGACUAUGCUGGGUUGAAAACCCAGGCUGCCAUGCCAUUGAGAACAGGGGGUAAUGCUGUAUCUGUUCUGGAGUCUAGAGAAGAAAAGUUACUCGGACGAAAUCAUGUUAAUGAAUUCGGUGUAUCACUUGCUAAUUGCCAGAUUUAUCAGCAGGAUGAAGAAAGCAGUGCUCAUGACUUAUGUACUGGUCCAGUAUCUAAACAUAAUGAACUUCAUAGGUUGUCAUCAGUAGAAAGCUGUAGAAUACUCUCCACAACAAGUUCUGAAGUUUUAUGUUCUGUUCUGAACAGCAUCUGUUACCUGGACUUAAGAGAUAUGCCAUUAGAAAACAAUAGUACUGCAGUCCAUGGAAUUACCAGUGAACCCCCAAAAAAGUAUCUUCCCCAAAACACUGGAAGUCAGACUCAUUAUGAUCAUGGAACUGGGUUUGUAGAAUAUCAAACCUCCACAUCCGUACCAGUAGAGCCGGUCUCAGAGGUGAGGAGUGAAGGAUUAUCUAGUGCUAAAAUUGAUCACAGGGAAGUAAGUGCUAGUAUAGGUGAAUCACACAGCUCUGAAUUUGAAGAGGCUGCUGAAGUCCGGAGGAAAAUUGCUGUGGGACAUAGCGUUGAAGUUGGUAGCUGGCCUGAAGCUCAAGCGAGCACUAAUCCUGAGCAUUGUCAUUCUUCAGUUUGUAGUCGUGUUGCUUCAUCUCCUGAGGAGUUCUCAAAAGAAAAAUUCAAAAUGGUCCCAUCAGAAGGUGAUAAGUUGAAAAAGGACCAGUGGCGAUUUUCUGCCAGUGAUCUGUGCAAGGAUGAGAUAGAAGAAAAUAGUCCGUUGAUAGAAACCAGCAACACUGCUUCCCAUGAAACUGGACAGACAGACCUACGCUUUUAUAAUACCUCCAGUGAAAUUUCUCUGCCCAGUAGCUACAGCAGUCUGGAUCUUAGUACCAAGCUAGAAGAUUCAUCUGAAGCACAACUGCUUGAAAAGGAAUCUGAGAGUAAUACCGCAUCAGAAGAGUUGGCUGGCACUUUAGUUGAAGUUACAGAAGCGAACAGUAAUGACAGCUUGUCCACUGGCAAAGAAACUAAUUUGAGUUAUACAGUAAAUGUACCUCUAUCUCCUGUUGCACAAAAAUCAAGAGAACCUCAUCGUAACGAGUGUCCUCCUUGUACUGCUAAUGAGGUUUCAAGCGGGGACAAGGUUCGGGAUGAUCUGUCUGGAAGAGAAUCCAUUGGUGCUUCUGGAACAACAGAGGAGCAAGUCGCUGAAAUUGUGCUUUAUAAAGACAAAUUCCAGUCUUCAGUAAGUUCCAGGACUUUUGAUAACCCAAAUAUGGCAAACCAAAUUUCCCAAAAGAACCUGAAGUCUUCAGUGGGAAACACAGAGACAGUGGUCACUGGUGUAGAAAAUGAACAUAGCGACACAGGGAAUUGUAAUACUCGGAGUGUAAAAGACCAACGUACAGCUGCCAGUACUUCAUGUAGUUUAUCAGGUGGUACACGUGGAGAUGCUGUUCUCCCGAACAGUCAUUCUUUUAACGUUGAGGUUGAUGAGAAGAUUGAAGAAAAUGGUAAUUUGGAAGGAGAAGCUUCAGCUGGACAUAAUAGGGAAAAGGCGAUCAUCUUUCCAGAAGCACACUUCCCUUUGGUAUGUGGAUCUCUUCCUUGUCAAGGUGACUGGGGCAAGAGAGGUGUAGAUCUGCAUGGGAUAAAUGACAUUUCCGCAGCAGAAAACAUGCUUUCCUCAGCUUAUACUGCAGAGAAGCCUACUGCUACCUUGGUGAGAGAAGAAAUUUCAAGUAAGAAUAUGGAGGUUGUGAAACAAUUUGAUGGCAGUGAGAUUGAUUGUGACAGAGAUGAGGCAAAAGAAGAAACCAGCAUGUGUGCUCUCCAGGCAGAUGCAUUUGAUAAAACAAGACCUGUGGAUUCUCCAAAGACUCCUGAAGGCAAUCAGAGAAAUAAGACUUGCAAACAGCUGUUGGUCAGAUAUUUGAAUAAAAACCCCUGUGUCUAUAAUUUUGGAUUUUGCCACUUUCCAUUAGGCCCAAAGAAGAGAGGACUAGGGACAUACAAGAAUAAAGAAGCGUUGUCACUGGCAGCCGACUCCUCUGAGUAUAACGCUUCCUUCUGUGAUUCAAGUCCAUUACUCAGCAACCUGGAUAUUCAAACACAAUGUGCCGGCCAAACAGAAAAGACCCUUUGUCCAAUGGGCAAACAAUAUCUUGCCUGUCAGAGUGCGUUUGAUGGCGCAGUUACAGGCAGCAAGCAACAUUUAGAAAGUUUAAACAAAAAAACGAAUGCUGUCUUACGAACUAACGCUACUCCUGGGGAAGAAUGCAAAAUAUCAAUUGGCUCUGAUCAAAGUGAAGAGAUAAUGAUAAAAACAAGUGACGACCUGCCUCUGUUAGUGCAUAAAUGUGCAAGAGAAGACAAUUUUCAAGGAACUCUAACAGAUAAUGUAGUGGAUUUGGACUCUUUGGGCGGUGUGAGAAAUGAAGGCUGCUCAGGAGACGUGGGCUUCAUUGGUGAUCUAACUGAGAAGACACUCGAUCUAAAAGGACCCAAGAGUGGAUGUGAAAGAGAAAAUAAAGGCACUUGUGAAGAAAGCUUUUCUGAUAGCAAGUCGCAUUGCUCACACAUGCUACCUGUAAGAGAGAUGGAUGUGACCUUGCCAAAACGUACUCACAGUGGAAAGAAGUUUAAAAAUAUGUGUGUGCAAGAGAGGAUGGGAAGAGAAGUAGCCCCUAGAAGAAAGUUGCCCGUAGAUUCUUUUUUUGAUGGAGGAGAUUGUCUAUGGGCCUCGUUAGAAGAUUCAAGAGAGGCUGGUAGCAAAAUAGUCCCUCUCAGGACUGAGAACUAUGAAAAGGUUUUGGAAGAAAUCCCAAGAUCUAAUGUAAAUCAUCUUUCCAAAGAAAGAAAAAAUGCUACAAAGCUCACAAACUUAGCAGGUACCCCUCUGCUUUCAGAAACUGUGCAUGGUUGUCAAGCUGAAGAUGCAUCUGACGCAGAAACUUCACCAAAACUGCAGUAUAAUACAACACCCAUGUUUUGUCCGUAUAUGAAUAUACCAUCAAACAGUUGCAAAGAAUCAUCCCCCAACCACGUGGUUUGCAGUGAAGUAUGUGUGCCUUACAAAUUCAAUGCACAGAGUGAAGAUCAUGUCAAGGAGAUUGCAGAAGUCCAGGACACUAUACCAAGUCAUUCAGUUUGCAAGGAAAAAGAGACUUUAGGUUCAGAGAGACUUGAUCAAAUAGAGAAAUGUCAGGUACUUAAACAAAAGAAUUAUGAGAAGAUGGAAGUAUGUCUGUCAGACAAGGCACAACGAGAACAGAAGUCAGAAUACCAGGAGAAAGCAAAACUCAUGCUGCAACCAAGUAUGUUGCACAGUUCUGAGCUCUGGCGCAGCUCUUCAAAUGAGUUGGUGACAUCAAAGAAUCUGAAGUUUGAAGGUCCUUCAGAGAAGAUUUUUGCUGUCAGAAGCAGUGAAAAUAAGCUAUGUAGCACUUUACAAGAAGUCAAAAGGCCAAAGAUUACUGCAGGUAUUAGCUCACAGUUUUUGAAGACUCAGGAUUCAGAAAUGGAAAACCUGAACCUUAACUUAGGGUAUGAUGGAAUCCCUGGUGCCUUUGGAACUACAAAUAAAUUAAGAGGACUUCUUCCAUUAAAAAGACAGCCUGGAAGGAUGUGCAAAAAAGUUCCCACAUCAUAUCAGCUGAAAACAGUAAGAAAAAUCAAAAAAAUUAAAAGUUCGCCUUUUGUUGAGAAUCCCCCAGAAAUAUUCCCUAAAGAGGAAAACACACUUCUCAAAUCUUUUUACUUUCCACAUAAACCACCGACGGUGGAGCCGGAACCAGCCAUGCCAUCUGUGCAUAUGCCAAGGCAGAGGGCCAAGGGGUGCAGUUUGUUGAACAGCUUGAAAUUUAGAAAAUGUACCAAAGAAACAGCGUUGUUGAGCAGGCUGUCUGCAAUGGCUAGCAAACUCCUGGCACCUGCCAAAAGCAUCCAUAGCUCAAAACCUCUGCCAUAUUCUUCUGAAAUUCUUCCAGUGGCUGAGAGGUACAGCCAGCGCAGAUCUAAAAAUCUCUUGGAAGCCUUUUCUUGCAUUAACAGAAACUUACACUCACGCUGGGCUGACAGUUGGUGCACCAAGAUGUUCAGCUUUCAGUCUUUGGCACUUUAUCCUGUGGAAUCUACCAAAAUACUUUUUUCAGACUUGAGCCACAAGCCUCCAACCCCCUUCCUGGAUACGGCAGUUCUCCCGAUUUCUUUUCACAUAGAAUUGGACUCCAGUCCUGUGACAGACCUCACAGGGAUUACAUCCCAGCGCUCUGUACAUCCCAGGCCAGUUCGGGGAGAAAUGCCAGCACCGCCUACAAAGUGGACUUUCUCUUUUCUCCUGUCUCAGAGCUUUUCAGAUAAAACAGCUUUCAAGGAAGAUUCCAGUCUAGAUAAUGAGCUGCAUUCUUCUUUCUCUGUAACAACCCCAAGGGCUGCUGCCCUUCAUCCUGACCGUGGAAGAAGUGCUGUAGCUGAAAGAAGAGGAGGUUGUUCCAUGCUUGGCCUUCACACAGUGUUAGCACUUUCUUCCCCUGGAUGUUACAGGAUUUGGACGAGAAGAAGAAACGUAACCAGUCAUAUUCCUACCAUCCAGAGACUGUUUAUAUCACAAUUCGCACAGGGUUUGAAGGGGGCAAGGUAUCCAGCUUCUGUAUCAGAUGACCUCGUCUCUUCAUUGCCAUACUCACUGGGCAGGGUACUGUCCAUAUGGAGUCAGCACGGUCCUUCUGCCCGUCCCUCCGAAAUCACUCCUCUCCAUUCCAGUCACUGCAAGUGGCAGCCAAGUGUGGGCAUCGAGAACAGCUAUGCUGUGUCACCAUACCUACCUAUACAGAGUAUGGAAGCACUACAGACGGCAGGUCAUGAGAUACGUCUGGAAACUUCAUUCCCUCUUCCGUUACCAAAGCCUUGCUCACUUCCAGAAUCAUUGCCAUCUCCCCCCAGGCUUUCAGCAUCAGAACUCCAGGUCCACGCCCUUGAUGAAGCUGAUGCUUCCGUUCCAGCCUGUCUUAGGUCCCAAGAUGACCCAGAAGUGAAAAAAAUCGAGCCAGAAAAGAGGCCAAAGAAAGUUUCACAGAUCCGAAUCAGGAAAACUGUUCCGAAGCCGGACCCUAACCUUACUCCAAUGGGACUACCCAAACCAAAAAGGCUUAAGAAGAAAGAAUUUAGUUUAGAAGAAAUUUACACAAACAAGAACUAUAAGUCCCCUCCUCCAGCCAGGAGCUUGGAAACAAUCUUUGAAGAGCCCAAGGAGAAGAAUGGACGCUUGAUCUCUGUCAGCCAGCAGAAGCGAAAGCGGAUUCUAGAGUUUCAGGACUUUACUCUUCCCCGGAAAAGGAAGACACGAAGCAAAAUCAAAGUAGUGGGUAGUUUCACUCGAGCAAAAACAGCUGCACUACAGAGUACAGAGUUAGAUGCUCUUCUGAGUCAGAAGCUAAUGGACCUUGAAGCCUUCUUUGCAAACGAGGCUGAGCAGGAGCAGGCCUUUAGCAUGUGAGGGAGCCAUUUAGCUAAAAAUGGUCCAGUUGGCUCCUUUAGUCCUGUUGGGAGGAAUCUACUGACUUCAUCAGUUACACUACCACUCUGUUCUGAUAGCUGACGAUCAGUUUUUGGCUGUCGCCCUCUUUAAGGUGCU